AUGGCUGCAGAGGUCGUGAGAGAUCUGCCCCGUCUUCAAUUUGGACUUUUGGUCGGAAUCGCUGGCGGAAUACCUUCAGCUACCAAUGACAUGCAAUUGGGAGAUGUGGCCGUCGCCGUUCCAGAGGGCGAUCGCCCGGGCAUUGUGGGAUAUGAUCUUGGAAAGGCCAGAGAGGAUGGUCAAUUUGAACUGAAGCACUGGCAGAACUCAACACAUCCAAUGCUUCGUUCGGUGAUUAACGUGAUUCGGGCUCGAGAGGAUUCACGAUUCAGGCGACAUCUUCGUGUCGUGGACGAGCGUCCGGAGUUUCGGAGACCAGAUGUUACUUCCGAGGCGGACCGUGUAUCUCCCAAGGUGCACUAUGGGACUAUCCUAUCCGGCAACACUGUGGUCAAAUCCCAGUCGAAAAGGGACCAGCUGAGGGAACUUUACGGAGGGAUUGCAGUCGAGAUGGAAGCCGCGGGGAUAAUGACUAGGCUACCGGUGGCAGUGAUUCGAGGUAUUAGUGAUUUUGCAGAUUCCUCCAAGAAUAGCAUAUGGCAACCAUAUGCCGCCAUUACAGCGGCCGCCUUUGCCAAAGAAGUUCUCCUAUGCUUACCCGGUGAAGAUCAGAAGAUUGAGGGAGGCUAUCUAGGUGCGUAG